GCUCAUCAUAUUCCUCCUAAAUACUCGUGCCCCCCCGGAUUGUUAUUCUCGCGCACUCGCAAGUUCUCGUUUCCCCCCUCCCAUCAAACCAGGAAAACCUAACCCUAGAUUUCGUGAACCUGCUCAUGGCUGGCGAUUCUCAAGACAAUCUCCGUCGCAAGCACCGCCGGCUUUCCGAAGAUGACGACGCUGACGAUUCCACCAAGCUCCGUAAGCACCGUCAUCAUCACCAUCGUCACCGUGACCACCGUCGCAGCAGCCGUAAGCGUGAAGGUGAAGAACAGCCAGAGUUGCAAGUAGAAGAGGAGGUUUUGCUUACUCUUCCGCCGCCGUCAACUGGUGAUGUCGAUUAUGAUAUGGAGGAAGGAGAGAUUGUUGAUGAUGUCGGUCCUUUGAAGAUGCGAUCGGAUUCUGAUGUUGAAUCCAAGGCUGCUGGAUUGAUUGCUGAAUCCGAUAAAUUGACAAUCACGGGAGUUAAUGGAGCUAAGAUGAAGCUUGAAGAAAACACGGUGAAUGGUGGCCGUGGUUUGGAGGUAUCUGGAGAAGCCAAGGGUGACACCGGGUUGCUCGUUUGUUCCAAUCUAGAUGUCAAAGUGAAAGCAGCAGCUGAUGGUAGCAGUAUUCAAAAUAAGGUUCCUAAUUAUAUGAAUGGUGCCACUAUAUUAGGAUCAGUUAAAGAGAAUUAUGAUAAAGUUGUAGAAUCACAGUCUCCUGUCAAAACUAGCAACAGGAGAACGAUAUACCAUGUUAGCGAGGAUGGUUGUAGGAGUCAGAGCAAAUCAAUGUCAUCUGGAGAUGACAGAAAUGUGCAGAAAAGCUUUGUGUCCUCUCCCCAUGACGAGAGGAACAAAGAAACGGGUUAUAGUAGGGAUAGACCCAAGUCUCAUGAUAGAUGCAGGGAAAGAUCUCGUUCACAUGAAAAUGUACUGGAUACUUCCAUGCCAAUACAUGCCCAAGAUAGCAAGAAAUUUGUUAGUGAUUCAGAGGAUGACGAUAACAUGAUUGAAAGAAACAGGGACUCCCAACAUGAUAAAAAAGAUAUAUCCAAGUAUAAAGAAAGGGAGAGGAGUUCUAGUUACAAUUUGUAUACUCGACACCCAGAUAGGCAUCGUAGCCAGGACAGGGAGGCGAGUUGGGAUGGACGGCACAAUGAUAGGGAAGGGAGAGACAUGGACAGGGAUAAAAAAACUGAAAGACAUAGGGAGAAGGACAAAGAGGAUGGAGAAAGGCAAAGGGAGAGGGAUAAGAAGAGAGAUCGAAGACAAGAACGGGAUAGAGAGAUGGAUAAUGAAAAGUUGGCCAGAGAUAAAGAGAGGAUGAGGGAAAAUGAUAGGGAAGGAGAGAUGGAUAGGCAAAGGGAGAGGGAGAAAGGAAGGGAGAGAGAAAAGGAAAGAGACAGGGACAGAGAAGAAUGGGGGAGAAAGCGGCAAAGGGAGAGGGAGUGGGAGAGGGAAAGAGAGGAUAGGGAGCGAAGAAGGGAGAGGGAAGAUAGGAGCCGAAAGAAUGAAAGGGAGUGGGAGAAUGGAAGGGAUAAACCUGGAGGUAGUGGAAGGGAUAGAGAAUCUGAUAGGAGCAUCCGGCAUCAUAAGAACGAAAAGGAUAUUGAUGAUAGCUAUGAUCGAUAUAGGAAUUAUGACUCCAAGAGUAGGCGGUUUGAUGAAUCACAGCAUAGUAAUAGGGUUAGUAAAAAUGAUAGUGAAAAAGUUGGUCAUGUAAAAUCUGAUCACCUGAAAGAUGAGAAAGAGAAAUCUAAGAGAGAGGUAGCUGAGAUAGAGGACUAUGAAGAAAAAGUUGCCUUACAACUUGCAGAUCAGGAAGAGGAUGAUCUUGAUAGGAUUAAAGAGGAGAGCAGAAGGCGAAUGCAAGCCAUCCUUGAAAAAUAUAAAGCUAAACCAUCACAUCAAGUCAACAAGCCUCAGCCUAAGGACUCUGAAAAGGAAAACACUGCGUGCUUCUUUGUUGACGCUUCUGCUGAUCGAACUGUUCUGGAAACUUCAGAUGACAAGAUUGGCGUAAUUGAUAACAAUGUGGAUGAGCCUCCAUUAGCUGUUGUCAAAUCUCCACUCCAGAAUGAGGGUUUUAUUAUUCAAAGUACUUCUGGUGCUGGGGGUCUGGGAGAGGGUUCUCCAAAGAGUGAGAGAUCACAGGGAAGCUUUUGUGAUGAUAUUUUUGGGGAUUCACCAGCCGGAGUCCGUAAAACAGCUAAGUUAGAUGGUGUAGCUGUUGAAAGGAGUGGUCUUCAUGACAAUUGGGACGACGCAGAUGGAUAUUAUAGUUACCGAGUUGGUGAGCUACUAGAUGGUCGGUAUGAAGUUAUAUCUGCUCAUGGGAGAGGAGUCUUCUCUACAGUAGUUCGUGCAAGGGAUCUUAGGGCUGGACCUGGUGAUCCUGAAGAAGUAGCAAUAAAAAUUUUACGCAAUAGAGAGGCAAUGCUUAAGGCUGGUAAAGAGGAGCUUAUCAUACUAAACAAAUUAGUCGGUGCUGACCCUGAGAAUAGGAGACAUUGUGUCCGUUAUCUUUUGUCUUUUAAAUAUCGGGACCAUCUUUGUUUAGUUUUUGAAUCUCUUCAUAUGAAUCUGCGUGAAGUUCUUAAGAAGUUUGGUCGCAACAUUGGACUUAAACUCACCGCUGUUAGAACAUAUGCUAAGCAACUAUUUAUUGCACUGAAGCAUCUCAAGAACUGCGGUGUUCUACACUGCGACAUAAAGCCAGAUAACAUGCUUGUAAAUGAAGCAAAAAAUGUUCUGAAGCUUUGUGAUUUUGGUAAUGCAAUGUUUGCUGGCAAAAAUGAGAUUACACCUUACCUUGUCAGCCGCUUUUAUCGGUCCCCUGAAAUAAUUUUGGGCUUGCCAUAUGAUCAUCCUAUGGAUAUAUGGUCUGUCGGGUGCUGUUUAUUUGAGCUCUACAGUGGCAAGGUACUUUUCCCUGGGGCUACAAACAAUGACAUGCUUCGCCUUCAUAUGGAACUAAAGGGACCAUUCCCAAAGAAGAUGCUUAAGAAGGGAGGUUUCAUUGAGCAACAUUUUGACCAGGACUUGUGCUUUCUUGCCACUGAGGAGGAUCCUGUUACUAAGAAGACAAUGAGGAGGUUGCUCCCCAGUAUGAAGCCGAAAGAUAUAGGCACAAUAAUUACUGGCUCGCCUGGUGAGGAUCCGAAGAUUCUUGCCAAUUUCAAAGAUCUUCUGGAAAGGAUCUUCGUGUUGGAUCCAGAAAAAAGAUUGACAGUAUCACAGGCCUUGAGCCACCCAUUUAUCACGGGCAAGUGAACAAUGAUGCUGAUUUUCUGAGUCCAGAUGCUGUUGCCCUAUUUGUAUAUUAUGGCUAAAUUUAUAUUCAGAUUGCUAAUAAUUGGGCAUUUAUCUGUCUUCAUCUUCUUUGUGAUGGCUUGGGGAGCUUCAAGCAAUAUUUCUGGCAUGGGGAAAAGUGGAAAUAGAUGCAUUUGGUCUGACUACCUCUACCAUGGCGGUCGUUUCAGUGGAAUGUUUACUGUUCUAUUGUAAGACAACUUUCCAAGAGGCGUUUUUCCUCUUUUGUAACCAGUUUUAAUGAUGAGCGAUUAAUUUAACAUCUUUGGAUUAAAUGUUUGUUAGUUCUCUCAUUAUUUUCCCAUCAAAUCAAGUACAUAGAACUGUGUUACUGGAUCUAUAUGCAUCCAAAUGAUAUCAGGGUGGUUUUGAGAGGCUAGAGGGAUUGCACUCCUAGUA